CGGCAUUCUCAGCAUUUUCAUUCCGGUCCGAAUGUGUCGUUUCGUUUUCCUUGACCAUCCGAGUCUCGUGUUCUAACCAACAAGCACGAGGUUUAAAUUGUUUGAACAAAAUGAUAGACUUUCGCACUAAUUCGGGGAAUACCAACGUCGACAAUGAAAAAUAUAGCAAUACUAACAUACCAGUCACUUCGCAACAAGGUUUAGCACCGCUCAGUCCAUACUUAAACUUCGACCCGUCGUACCUUCCUGUCAGUCAACCAGAAUUCAUAUUUCCUGCUGGUGCUGUGAAGCAAAGAGGUCGUUUUGAGUUAGCAUUCAGUCAGAUCGGAGCAGCAUGCAUAGUGGGUGCAGGGAUUGGCGGAGCGUCUGGUUUAUACAGAGGCAUCAAAGCUACGUCUAUCGCAGGAGAAACUGGCAAACUCAGGAGAACACAAUUGAUCAAUCAUGUUAUGAAGGGUGGCGCCAACAUGGCAAAUUCGCUCGGCGUAAUAACGAUAAUGUACACUUGUGCUGGAAUAGGCUUGACCUGGCUUAGAGGGACUGAUGACAGUUUUAAUACAGUGGCUGCAGCCGCAGCGAGUGCCACAGUGUUCAGAUCUCCUGCUGGAAUCAGAAAAGCUGGUUUUGCGGGCGCUAUUGCGGCGGGAGUCGCGGUACUAUAUUGUAUAUGGAAUAACGGAGGCUUGCCGGUGCAGCGUGUGAACGGAUGGAAGUAUACAGCGUAAGAUAGUAUUCGUAUAACAAAUUGACAACAUCCAUGUUAUAAAAAAAUUUCUCGUAUUGUACAUAGGAAAAAGCCCACCGAGCAUGUGGGUGCGAAAUAAAUUGCUGAAGGAAUGUUAGAAUAAAUAAAUUAUUCAGACUAAUAGUGUAUCUAUUCACAAAUAAACGAACCUACGAAC